AUGCGUUCCGCCACCGUUGCACUCGUGGCCGCCGCCACAGCCGUCGGCGCGCAAACCACGUCAAUUUCAUUCUUCUACCCUGCCGAGCAGCCCUCGUACGAUGAAUACAGUGACAUCGCACUGUCCAUCGUCGAGGUCCAGGACGCCGACCACACCGUCGUCGCCUUCUCGUGCCUCGACGCCACCACCACCACUUCGGCCGACUGGCCCUACAGCACGAGCUCCGACUCCGACAGCGACAGCGACAGCGACAGCUACAGCGACCCCAGCUACUACAACAACUGCGUCUUCGUCGACGGCGCGCUGACGGCCACCGUCGGGCCCGACUCGUUCGCCUACACGACCGUCAUGUCGUACAACGACGACUACUACGGCACCUACGACUACAGCAUGACCAUGGGCUGCACUUCCGCCGCCGAUGCCGCCUUCUGCACCAUCCAGUCCGACGGCGCCGACGCCUGGUCCGACUACUGCUCGUACAGCGCCGACAUUGACUACGACGACACCGCCGCCCUCACCAGCUGCAUCUCCACCCACGCCUCCUCCACCCUCCCCGCCUACACCUCCGCCCUGCAGGCCUCGGAGCUCUCCGCCAUCACCAUGCCCGUCACCGCCGGCGCCGGCAAGCUGAGCGCCGGCGCCGCCGCCAGCGCCACCGGCUCCGCGUCGUCGACGUCGCACACCAGCAAGUUCACCGUCUCCGCCAGCGCCGUCAACGGCGGCGCGACUACGACGAUUGGGGGGCCGAGCGCGAGUGGUAGUAGUAGUGGUAGUGCUGCGGCGACGGUGGCGCAGCAGACGGGGAAUGCUGCGGCGGCGGCGGGGAGGAGGGUGGUGGGGGGGUUGGGGGGCGUGGUGGGGGGUGUGGUGGUUGCGGCGUUGGUGUUGUGA